AUGACCAGCUGCAACAAUUGUCACAGGGGGGAGCCCGAUGUUAAGCUGCUGACUUGCCGAUCGUGUUUCUCGGCCCAGUACUGUUCCCGAGAGUGCCAGCGGAGUGAUUGGCCAAAUCAUCGAGGGCCCUGCCGCAGCAUAAACCCGGUUCCUCCUAUUCCGGGAGCUUCACGGGGCUUUGCGGCAAGUUGGAUACAGGGACUCUUGGGCGAAGAGAUGAGUGGCGCUCAUGGCCCGUCACCACCCAAGGGACUAGACAGCGGCAUCUCUUCGCCCUUCACUCGUCUCCAGAACGGCACCUUUCUGCAUAACCGCUCAGAGAGGGAUGUCUACCGGAUCCUCAUCGACAGCUUCCGCUUCCGCAUGGAGGAACAUUGCCAACACGAGGGUAAGCCCGCAGAGGGCACCAUUUACGACGACCUUGACGAUUCUCUGCCUGCCUUCAAGUGCUACCUGGAAACAGCGGCAUCCAGAAAGAACUUGCUUCCGCCGUGGUGGACACCCGAGAAGCAAAGGGAGUGCGAAGCCUUUGGCAUGUCCGGAACCGACUUCCAGGACUUGCACAUGGCGUUGGAACAGUUUGGCGUCACCUGGCACUACGCGGACUCGCGAUUCCCUUCGCAGCUUCGAAUGCUUGCCGAAGCAGUCUACGAACAGGGGGUUGGCGGAACAAGUUCGUUCACCAGGAGGAGUGCGUUGGCUGAAUUGGAGGCUGAGCGGAGAUAG